GGCAGGCGACAUUGGUUGUUCACUGGAAUGGGAGGCAACAUUCUUUGUCCACAGGCCCUCUCUACGGAAAUAGAGAUGGGUGCCUUGGCUCUGGGGAAAAGUGUAUGCAACUGGUGACCUCUACAAAGCACUUGCUAAGUCAAGAUGAAACGAGUUGCUAGGGAGGCACCAUGACUUUGGUCUCUGGCAACAGUUAAGUGAAGGCACGUGCAUCCUGGGUCUGUGGAUCGAGCCAGGCGACUGCCUUUGUGGUCUUUGAACUGGAACCAGAGAUAUUAUUAGUCCUGAUAGGGACGGGAACUGCCUGCUUAGCGGCGAGGAAAAUUAAUAGUCCAAGUGUUCUUCCAUCCUGUGUUCUCCAUGCUGGCAUUUUGAUUAAAAAAAAAAUAUUGCGGCAGCUGUUCGCAUAUUCUGGAAGUGUGUGUGCAUGUGUGUGGUUUGGUGUUUACAGAUUUGGGGUUGCGGAGGGGAGUUUCCAGAGCAACGGAAGUAGCUGCUUGUCAGUCAGGGUUCAUUUUGAAAAUGAAAGCCCUAAAGCUUGGGGCCCACUCUGGGCCUGGGCCUGGUCUCUGAGGAGUCAGCAAAGGCCAGGAGGUGGCUUUGGCUAGUCAGCCCCAGGAAGCAACCCCUUGCUCACCUUUUGGUUUUUUUCUUUUACUAAUUGACCGAGUCUAUGAGUUGCUUUUGGUGUCCUGCACAUUCAGUCUGAGGCAGGGAUGCGGGAGUGGGGCAUUGAGGAGGUUCUGGCCGCGGACACCUCCCCCAACCCGGGACACAUACAAUGUCCCCGUCCCCACCGCAGCCACUCAUGCACACAAUUACAUUUCUCCAGGCUGCCACACCAGAACGAGGUAACACAUCUACUAGGUGCUCAAGGGUCAUAUGACAUAGUCAUCAAAGAGUUCAGUUCAAAUGACAGUUCAGAAUCAAUGGACAGAAAUACAACACAAGGCAGUCUGGUCUGGGGGCCAAAGGAGGGACACAACCAGAUGGUGAGGGAUCCCGCUGGGCUGAGGUCAUCAGAAGACGGUUACUGGAGAAGGUGGCCACUGAGGCCAACCUUGAAGGGCACAGGGAAGAACUUCACCAAAUAGAAGCCAUGAGGAAGGAGCCUCUAGGUAAAGGAGGGCACGAUAUGCUCAGGUUAGCACGAGUCCAUCCAUUUAGCUGGAAUCUGGGGCUUGUGUGAGUGAUUGUCAGUUGAUAAGCUUGGCUUGAACGCCAGAUCCUCUGUGCCAGAACAAAGGCUAUGGUGUCACACAGACCUGUCUGCUACUUCCCCCUGGGUGACCUUGGGCGAGUGGCCUAACCUCUCUGCAAAGUGAGGAUAGUAAUGAUACUUAGCUCUUGAGCUCCUUGGGAAGGUUACUAGAAUGAACAUGUAUAAAGUACCUAGCACAGCAUCUGGCACAUUUAAAAAAUGGUCGAAAAAGGGAUUACAAAUGUAUAGGCUGUCUUGAAGGAAAGCUCCAGCUAUUUGGGACUGAUUCCUGAUGUGUGAGGGUGAAGGGAGAAAAGCCUCUGGUAACUUCCAUCAUGAUCGGACCCAGCGGGAGUGGGCCGACUUGGCCUGAGGCCCCCAUUUCCCCUAGCCUAGAACAGUCUCCUGGCUUUCUGCCUCUACCCCUCCCAUAAUCAUCUUCCUAAAGACCGCUGUAAUCAUGGCUGUUCCUCUCUGGCUCAAGAAUCUUCUAUGGCUCCCCUUUGUUCACUGACUGAACUCUAACAUGGGGUGGGGGCGGGAAGCAAAGAACUACCAUUUUAUUGAGAGAAGCAAAGAGCAAUGAGGAGGCCAAUGUCAGGAAUAAAAAUAACCUCCUCUUUUAAAAGCCCUGCAACUCUGAAUUCACAGAAGUCAGCAGGUCACUCAGGGAGAGAACGGGGUGCAUCUCUGAAGAGGGCAGGGUGUUGGCGGCCAAAGACAGAUUCACCAGUACCUGCUUCUUCAAGCUAAGCUGGGAAAGGUAAGAGAAGAGAGCAGAGAGCAGAGCAAGGAGCCGCGGGGAAGCAGGGCUGUUCCUCUGUUCCCUGGAAGGGCGUCUGCCUGGACCCUUUCCCUGAGUUUCUCUGCAGGAAUCCCAGGCAACUCCGAGCGGGCGCUUCGAGAAGGGUCAAGGCCGCACAAAGGGCAGUGCAAGCGAGCCCGAGUCACAUGGGGUAGCCUGGCCGCCUCCGUGAAUGCGAGGCGCGGGACAAAGGCGGCUCGGGGACAAAGUGCAGGGAGACUCCUAAGGAGAUACGAGGGAAGGGCGAAGGAAAGGGCGGGGAGCUAGCGCCCCGAGCUGUAGGUUUGCGCUCCGGGACGCCUUGGCUGGAAGCCGAGCUCAGCCCCCCACGGAGGGGGCGCCCUGGAGCCUUUUCACCCCAGAAGCUGCGGGGAUGCUGAGAACCCCGCGGCCGCAGCAGCUGGGCUGCUGCAGGCGGCGCUCGGGGCCAGCUCGCGGCCCGCCCCGCGCCCGCCCCCAGGUUGCCCACGCCGUGCGGGAGGCGGGGCCGCCCAGCUCACCUGGCUGUUUGGGGCGGGGCCGCCCGCGACCCGAGGGAGAGGAGGCGGCGGCUGGCAGUACUUCGGGGUGGGAGCGAGGUCGCCCUGGGGACUUGGCCUAAGCCCCCCCCCCGCGUCCCCUCCCUCCCUCCCUCCCGGCACCGCCAGUGCGGGGCCCUCCCUCGGCUCGCUCGCUCUCCCCUCCUCUUCUCUCCUCCUUCGCUCCCUCCCUUCCGAGCCCAGUUGCUCAAGCCCGCUUCCUUCCCCAACGCCAGCGCCAGUUCCUCUCCCGGUGGGGCCCGGGAAGGGCAACGAACGCUAGACACUGGAACCGCCGCGGCGGCAACUGCAGGACCAUGGCCGAGCCCCAAGGGGCCGCAAAGCGGACGCCCAAGGCCUCCCUCGCACCGACCGCGCUGAACCUGCGGAGCGCCCCGCAGCCCCGCCCCUCGAGAGCGGACACCGGCAGCCUGGGCAGGUACCGGGGCAACGCCGCCGCCUCCCGGGAGCCCCCGUUCCACGGCUCGCUGAUGCUCUCGGCCACGGGCUCGGGACGGCGGCGGGAAGGGCUGCGGGAGCUGCUAGGGCUGCAGGGGGCGGCUCCCGCCGGGUGGCCGUCGGAGGAGCGCUCGGAGGAACCGUCCCCUAGCGGGCCGAACGGACCAGGCGGUAGCGGGCUGUGCCUGGAGCCCCGGGAGCACGCGUGGAUACUGGCGGCCGCCGAGGGCCGCUUUGAGGCGCUGCAGGAGUUGCUGAAAGCCGAGCCAGGGCUGCUGCUGCGGGGCGACCCGAUCACGGGCUACACGGUGCUGCACUGGCUGGCCAAGCACGGGCGCCACGAGGAGAUCAUCCUGGUGCACGACUUCGCCCAGCGCCAGGGGCUACAGCUCGACGUGAGCGCCCCGGGUAGCGGCGGCCUCACACCGCUCCACCUGGCGGCCCUGCAGGGCCACGACAUGGUGAUCAAGGUGCUGGUGGGCGCCUUGGGGGCCGACCCCACGCGCCGCGACCACAGCGGCCACCGAGCCUGUCACUACCUGCGGCCCGAGGCACCCUGGAGCCUGCGGGAGCUGUCGGGGGCUGAGGACUGGGAGACCGGCGGUGGCGGCGGCGGCGGCAGCGAGCGUAACAACGCCAACAACAACAGCAGCGGCGGCGGCGCUGCGUGGACACUGAGACGCGCCCCGAGCGCAGUGGGCGCGCCAGCCACGGAGACGACGGCCAGAGCGGCGGCAGCGCCCGCCAAGAAGGACUCUAUGGGCAGCCGGAUGGCGCAAGUUCAAGGCUUUCUCCGCCAUAUGUUCCCCUUCUUCCAGGACCGUUGAAGGCGACAGAGACUGGAGAGCGUGGAGGGACCGCGACGCCACGGCGAGGCCCGUGGUCCGGGGUCCCACUGGAGCCGCAGUCGUGGGCCUGCCAGGAGCCAACCACCUCGGGUUCGGUGUUAGGCACCUGUCUCAGGGCUCCUACAGACACCAGCCAGGAGACGCGAGGGCCAAGGCAUCCCUAACCGAGACAAAGCAAAGACCGAGCCCUCCUGGCGCCGAAUCCCCAAACUUCAGGACUAAGGAGUUGGGAGAGGAGCAUGGUCCUUCCCGGGAGAGGGAACGUGAAGCUUCCAGCAGCCAUUUCUGGGCAGGCGGAAGCUCUGGGUUUAUUAGGAAACAUUUGCUAGAAGAAUGAGUUAAGAUUGUAAACCACUGAUGCAGAGGAAGCUCCUAACCUCAGGCCGGCCUGACUUGGCACUUAACGGGUCACUUUGUGUGGGGGCAGCCAGCCCCUGGCAACCUGCUCCAGAGAUGACCAGGCCUUACCAGUACUGUUUCUGAUGUAUCACAAAUGACUUCUUAAGCAUAUUAAAGUGGGAUAUGUUUUCCUUUCACAUGA